CCGGCGCCGGCCCCUCGUAUUUGAGCUUUGGGAAGCUGGGGGCAGCCAGGCAGCCGGGGUAAGGAGUUCAAGGCAGCGCCCACGCCCGCGGCUCUGCAGCUCGCCCCCCCCCCUCGCUCGCAGCCCGGGCGCGGCGAGUCCGGGUCCCGCGCUUUCCCGCGGCUCAGGCUCCACGUGCGCGCCUGCUCCGAGCCCGCGGCCAAGGCGGCGUCGGGGCCCAGGCAGGCGCUGUCGCGUGGGGCGCCCGUCGUCCCUAGCCAGGAACGGCGAACGGUACCCAUGGGCUCGGACGUGCGGGACCUGAACGCACUGCUGCCCGCGGUGCCCUCGCUGGCGGGCGGCGGCGGCUGCUCGCUGCCCGUGAGCGGCGCUGCGCAGUGGGCGCCGGUGUUGGACUUCGCGCCCCCGGGUGCCCCGGCCUACGGCUCCCUGGGCGGCCCCGCGCCGCCGCCCGCCCCGCCGCCGCCACCGCCGCAUUCGUUCAUCAAGCAGGAGCCGAGCUGGGGCGGCGCCGAGGCGCACGAGGAGCAGUGUCUGAGCGCCUUCACCGUGCACUUCUCUGGCCAGUUCACCGGCACCGCCGGGGCCUGCCGCUACGGACCCUUCGGGCCCCCGCCGCCCGCCCAGGCGUCUUCGGGCCAGGCCCGGAUGUUCCCCAACGCGCCGUACUUGCCCAGCUGCCUGGAGAGCCAGCCCGCCAUCCGCAACCAGGGGUACAGUACGGUCACCUUCGAUGGCACGCCCGGCUAUGGCCACGCGCCCUCCCACCACGCCGCACAGCUGCCCAGCCACUCCUUCAAGCACGAGGACCCCAUGGGGCAGCAGGGGUCGCUGGGCGAGCAGCAGUACUCUGUGCCACCACCGGUCUACGGCUGCCACACCCCCACAGACAGCUGUGCAGGCAGUCAGGCGCUGCUGUUGCGGACACCGUACAGCAGCCAGCCCCUUGGGCUCCAGGAAGGGAGCGACCCCACGGCGCACGCAGCCCUGGCCCAUCCUGGCCCCCAGCACCUGCGGGGAGGUCCCCCAGCCCGGUGGGGACCCGCCGGACCUGUGCCACCUGUGUGUGCCCCUUCUGCUUGCUGGGCCGAGCCUCCCUCCAGUUCUCUGCUCCCCUCCACCAUCUCUCCCCCAGACAUAUUCUUCAACUUUAGUGACAACUUAUACCAGAUGACCUCUCAGCUUGAAUGCAUGACCUGGAACCAGAUGAACUUAGGGGCCACAUUAAAGGGAGUUGCUGCUGGGAGCUCCAGCGCAGUGAAAUGGACGGAAGGGCACGGCAACCACAGCACGGGGUACGAGAGUGAGAGCCACACGACGCCCAUCCUCUGCGGUGCGCAGUACCGGAUCCACACGCACGGUGUCUUUCGCGGCAUCCAGGACGUGCGGCGUGUGCCUGGCGUAGCCCCCACACUGGUCCGCUCAGCCUCAGAGAGCAGCGAGAAGCGCCCCUUCAUGUGUGCCUACCCCGGCUGCAACAAGAGGUACUUCAAGCUGUCCCACCUGCAGAUGCACAGCCGGAAGCAUACAGGCGAGAAGCCGUACCAAUGUGACUUCAAGGACUGUGAGCGGAGGUUUUCGCGCUCUGACCAGCUCAAAAGACACCAGAGGAGACACACAGGUGUGAAACCAUUCCAGUGUAAAACUUGUCAGCGAAAGUUCUCCCGGUCCGACCACCUGAAGACCCACACCAGGACUCAUACAGGUAAAACAAGCGAGAAGCCCUUCAGCUGCCGGUGGCCCAGCUGUCAGAAGAAGUUCGCGCGGUCUGAUGAGCUUGUCCGCCACCACAACAUGCACCAGAGGAACAUGACCAAGCUGCAGCUGGCGCUCUGAGCCAGACGGCUCUGUGGCCAGGCGGGAGCACAGGAACCACUUCCACAUGUGCGUUGGGAAUCCUUCCUCCCUCGCUUCUCAAAGGACUUGGAUUCAACCCGCCUGUGUCCAGCUUCCAAGGCCCCCGGCAACUGGAUCCCACCAGUUUGCAGGAGGAGCUGCUUGGUUGCCCCGGAGGCCUGGAGCAGCAGCAGCCUGGCAGGUGGUGAAAAGCCCAGCACCACCUGGCUGGGCUCUUCAGCUGUGAGAGCGAGUGUGAUGAUGUCCCCCUGCUCCUUGUAGCUUGUCUUCCCUAGGAAUGGAGUGGUUGUGCUGCUUCCCAUCCCAGGAUAUUCAUAGGCCAGGGCAUGCAUAUGUGUCUGCUAAUGUACCUUUGUGUGGUUUCCAUUUAUUAACAGCGACAGUGAGAAACAAGUCCAUGAGGCAUGGUGGGUGGGUCCCAGCCAGCCUCCUGGGGGCAGGCGGGCUGCUAACCUGGGGUGCGGGGGCCUCCUCUGCCAGGCAGUGUCGGGCUCCUGUGUCCCAUGGAACUGGGAAAAGCGUGGGGCUGAACCAGUACCUCUGUACAGAAACAAACCCGAAAGACCUACUGCAAGGCAGUCUGCAGGCUGACGGCUGCGCGGCGUUCGAGGAAGCUGCUUGAGGAGAGGAGAUACCAUUUCGCCUUCUUUCUUUUGACUUAAACAAUCCUGAGAUGUACAGAAGCCUCACACAAAGAAGUGGGACACACUUGUCAUUUGUGGCACCCUUAGAGUGUGCAGACCACACUGGUCACGUGCUUUCAGGUUGUAAAAAUGUAAGUGACUGAAAGAAAAUCAGGCCUCCAGGACCCUGCUGAUGAGACCUUUUCUGAGUAAUUUAAGUGACCGGGUCCACGCGUGUACGUGCAAAGACUCUUGAUUGUGGGCAGGCAUCUAAUGGUGGUCAGGUGCGUGUGCGUGUGAGCAUGUGUCGUUUUGGUUUUAAGGGCAGGAGUAUAUUAUUUACCAUUGCUUGAAAAUACUGUGUAAAUAUAGAUCUGAUGAUGGUUUCCUCUUCGACGACUAAAUUAGGAAGUGUGUAAACCCUAGGGCUUCCCUGUCGGGCGCAGUCUACACGUGUUGGUGACACUUAACUUGUAACCUGCAUUCUCACUCUGCUCUGAUUAAAGUCUCUUCAAA